AUGCUCCUGACAAUCUCAGACUCACAUCUCUUGAUAUUCAAAGCAGCUGCAACUGAGACAACAAAGGCUAUCAUUAUAAAAUUGGGAGAUGAUUUGUUCUCUAUUUUAGUUGAUGAAUGUAGAGAUGUAUCAAUUAAAGAGCAAAUGACAGUUGUCAUAAGAUAUGUCAAUGGAUCUGGAUGUGUCAUUGAAAAUUUUAUUGGUCUUGUGCAUGUCCAUAAUAUAAAUGCAGCAUCUCUUAAAAAACGUAUUGAGUCUUUGCUCUCUACUUAUAGCUUCAGUAUAUCUAGUUUGAGAGGUCAAGGCUAUGAUGGAGCUAGUAAUAUGCGAGAUGAAUUUAAUGGCCUUAAAAGUUUGAUUUUGAAGGACAAUUCUAGUGCUUAUUAUAUCCAUUAUUUUGCUCAUCAAUUUCAACUCACACUUGUUGCUGUUGCUAAAAAGCAUUCAA